AUGGCAACUGUCACGAUGGCAUCUGUCACGAUGGCAACUGCCACGAUGGCAACUGCCACGAUGGCAAUUUAUCCGUCCAAGCCUGGAUCAUUCCGGCUCUCUCGACAGUGCCAUGCAAAAGUCUCUGAUGGCGACAGAGGAUGGCAUCUUUUCAAGUCGGCCAUAACGAUGCUGGGGACGCCCGCGGAGGUCUACCGCUUCGGCAUCAUGUUCUGGAUGAUCUGGGUCGCCUACGUCCUCGCCGUCGCCUCCGCCGUCUAUCUCUACAUGCCCAUCUUCUAUCACUUGAGGCUCACCUCGGCCUACGAGGCAAGUCUGCACCGUUGCUCGAGUGAACGAAAAAAUCCCGUCCAUUAUUUACGUUUCUGUCGCCGCUGCACCCCGUCGGAUGAAAGAAUCUCGUUUCGAUUCGACGCAGAGACGAAGGAAAUUCUCCGGUUUGUCUCGUGCCCGCUCUGCGGUUGCGAAAGUUCCCAUUCCGGGUUCCAGCCUCCAAAUGGAGAACUCCGCGACGGGCGAAAACAGAUGUGCAUCCUUAAACACCCCUCGUCGGGGAUCGAGGUGCUUCGAGGACUUGCGGGUUGCGGCCUGACAGGGUUCCCGAACGGCGCUUUCGUCACUGCGGACCGGUCUCGAAUCCGGAUCGCGGGAAUCCACGUGACGGGUAUCAGCGUCUACUUGGCCGUGUGUCUCAUGUUCGGCGUGAGCACCUUCUACACCGUCGUGGGAGGGAUGAAGGCGGUGAUCUGGACGGACACGGUGCAGAUGAUGAUCAUGUACGGCUCCAUCAUGCUCGUAAUCAUCAAGGGAAUGAGCGAACAGGGAGGCUUCGGCGCCGUCUGGCAGCGCAACCUCCAGUCCGGCCGGCUGGAGUUCUUCGACUUCAACCCGGAUCCCACGAUUCGUCAUACGUUUUGGACUCUGGCCAUUGGAGGAUAUUUCACCUGGAUCGCCAUCUACGGUGUGAAUCAGGCCCAAGUUCAGAGAUACCUCACGGUCCCCACAUUCAAGCAGGCCAGGAACACGGUGUCAUCGGGUCUGAAUUCCCUGGCGGCCAUCACGUUGGAGGACUUCGUGCGUCCGUUUUUCUUCCAGAGGAUCUCGGACAAACAGGCGGCGAAUGUCUGCAAGGUCCUUGCCCUCGCCUACGGCCUCGUUUCCUUCUCCCUCGUCUUUCUCGUCGAGAAAUUUGGAACCGGUGUCCAGACCGCGACCCUGAGCAUCUUUGGCAUGGUCGGAGGGCCUCUCCUUGGCAUUUUCACGCUCGGAAUCUUCUUCCCCUGGGCCAACAAUAAGGGCUCUCUCGUCGGAGGAAUCAUGGGAUUCCUCAUCAGUUUCUGGAUCGGAGCGGGCUCGAACGUGGCCGUCGCCCAUGGCAGACUCAGCUUCCCCGAGAAGCCGAUGUCCGUCGAGGGCUGCUUUCACCUGAAUGCCACUGAGGGGCCCGUGCCCUCCACGCUCUCGCCCGACCGACUGCCCAUGUGGCUCUACCGGCUCUCGUAUUUGUGGUACUCCGCUGCCGGGUGCUGGAGCGUGAUCGCGAUCGGGCUCGUGGUCAGCUGGGCGACGGGGAUGCAGGAUCCUCGGACCCUCGAUCCAAAGCUCAUCUCUCCCAUCUGGCAUCGCUUGAAGGCGAAACUCCCCAGCUCUCUUGUCUUCAGGCUCGGACUUAACGUCGGCGCUGAUUACGAUCCAUUCGCAGCGGGAACGGCGGAGCUGAAAGCGAAUCCAUCGCGAGCCUCCACGGUCACGAACUUCAACGGGGAGACGGCCUUCACCUCCGACCCCCUCUACGAGAACCCGGACGACGCCCAGAGGAGCCAACCGGCUCUCGCAUGACUCAGACAUUUCCCCCCGCU